AUGGGGAGAUCCAACUACAACGGGGUGUCGGACGUGGAGCUGCGCGUGGCCCUGCCCGACGGCAGCGCCGUGACCGUGCGGGUGAAGAAGAACAGCACCACCGACCAGGUGUACCAGGUGGGAACCCUCGGGAAUGUUCUACAUCCCACCCUCUGGAAUGGCUCCUCCCUGUUUCCCGCAGUGCGGAAGUUGGCUCCCAACGAGUUCCCGCACAAGCUGUACGUGCAGAACUACACGUCGGCGGUGCCGGGGACCUGCCUGACCCUGCGCAAGUGGCUCUUCACGCCCGCCGAGGAGGAGCUGCUCAACGACAACGACCUCGCCGUCGCAUACUUCUUCCACCAGGCUGUGGAUGACGUCAAGAAAGGUUACAUCAAAGCAGAGGAGAAAUCCUACCAGCUCCAGAAGCUCUGUGAGCAGAGGAAGAUGGUCAUGUACCUGAACAUGCUGAGGACGUGUGAGGGCUACAACGAGAUCCUGUUCCCUUUGGGGAUCUCCUGGAUCCCCUCUGGAGCUCCUGGCACAUCCAGGAUCCCCGGGAUCACCCUGGAUCCCCUCUGGAUCUCCUGGGACAUCCAGGAUCCCCGGGAUCGCCCCUGGCUCCCCUCUGGAUCUCCUGGCACGUCCAGGAUUCCCUGGAUCCCCUCUGGAUCUCCUGGCACGUCCAGGAUCCCUGGGAUCGCCCCUGGCUCCCCUCUGGAUCUCCUGACAUGUCCAGGAUCCCCGGGAUCGCCCCUGGAUCCCCUCUGGAUCUCCUGGCACAUCCAGGAUCUCUGGGAUCACCCCUGGAUCCCUUCUGGAUCUCCUGGCACAUCCAGGAUCCCCGGGAUCGCCCCUGGCUCCCCUCUGGUCCCUCUGGCCUGUCCUGCAUCCCCGGGAUGGGCCCCAAAUCCCUGGAAUUCCGUGUCUCCGCAGUUCAAUUACAUGCACGAGUGCUUCGAGCGCGUCUUCUGCGAGCUCAAGUGGCGCAAGGAGGUGGAGGAGGAGGCGGCAGACCAGGAUAACGAGAAUUCCUGCCGGAAUGACAGGAUGUGCAGCAAGGUAACCGGG